CAUUCUCCGGCGGCUGCACUCCUCUUUCCGCCCGCUCUCCUGGCGGCGUAAACCCUUUCUGCGGAAAUUAAAGGCACAAAUGCACAAUGUCGGGCUGGACUCCCAGAUGUCGCUUCUCCGCCCAUUUUCUCGCCCUCCGAACUCCCAUCACCACCGCCAGCAGCUGUAAACUCAUCUCCACCGAGUCAUUGCUCUUAAACCAUGGAAAGACCCUGAUGAGGUGGCCUUUAAAACCCCAGCAUCGAUCACAAUCACCCAGCUUAAGCCCCCCUUCCCACCCAAACACUAAGUUUCAACCCCAAAACCCAAAUGAUUUCACCAAAGUCUGUAACCUCCUGAGAGAUCCUACCGUUUUGCCCGGCCCGGACCUACAACAGGCAUUGGACAGUGCUGGAAUUGUGCUUGACGAGGCUCUUUUUCUUGAUCUCUUCAACCACUUCGAUUCUUCUCAUAAAACCCUAUUGCCCCUCUUUCUUUGGGCGGAGAAGCAGCCCUGGUGCAAUUUUUCCGUAGCUGUGCUCAAUGCGAUGGUUAAUGCUCUUGGAAAAGGAAGGGACUUUGAAAGUGCUUGGUCUUUGAUACGUGAACGGAUUAGUUCGUCGGAUGCAAAGCCCAAUUUAGACACAUUCACAAUUAUGAUCAGACGAUAUGCUCGUGCAGGUUGCUAAUUGUCUUACCUCAAUUUUAUUGUCAGAUGAAAUUUCCAUUGUUUACCAUGCUUUUUUCUCUCUAUUGCUGCUCAUGACUCAAGAAGGUUGGUGAUUUUGUAUUGAUGGUGAAAUUGUGGAACACUGGGUUCCAGUCUUACAUUAGAUUAAUCUUAGAUUACCUGAAUACUGAAGUACAUGAAGCAUACUGUGGACUGGCUUCAUGGCUGAUGAGGUGGCUUCAUCGAUCACAACCAGAAACAUCACACACAAACAGACAUAUCACACACAGAUAUAUCUCACACAAACUGAAAGAUGAAUAGAAAGUAUACGUUAGGGACUUAGAGUUUAAAUGAAUAAAAAGACUUGCUAGAGUUUGAAUGAAAAAAGACUUGUUAGAAUUUCGUGUGGCCACAUGUUUGAUUAAUGGACUUCUAUAUAAAACGUACUCUGGGCCUUUUGUUAAAUGAAAUACCUUGGGCCUUUUUUAAGUUACUGCACAUUAAAAACAAAGAAACAAAGGAAGAACGCCUGAAAAAUGCCUUAGGGCGUGCCUGAAGGCGUACGCCUCAACUUUUGAGGCGUGAGCCUCUUAACCUGUGAAAAAACCUAAGCCCUGAUACCCAAUCUGUAUGCCUCACCUUGAGGCGCGCCUCAAAACCCGCCUCUUAAGCGCCUUUUUAUACCAUGGUCAAAAGCUCUUUGUAACAAUUUGGAGUGACUUUAUCUUGACAAAGUUAUGAUAUCUGACUUUUCCUUUUAACCCUAAAGAAUUAUCUUGAAGAAGGUGAUAGUUAAGUGCAAUCUGAUGCUUUAUGCCUAAGGGGUGAGGUUGCAUUUCGGAUACUAAUAAUCAAAACCCAAAGCAUGUGUCUUUUGAUUUUGAUUUAGUGAAAGAGCAGCUCACAUCUCUUAAGAGCACGUGCCAACUUGCCAAGAAUGUAGGGGCUUCUUCUUCCUCCUCCUCUCUAUGAUUGGUAUCUAUUGGCUUGAUUGCAGACGUGCCCCAGAGUUGGUUGUCGGAGUCCUCAUCUUUUACUUCCUCCGGUCCCAAAAGAACUUCAUUGUUUGACUUUACGGUUUUUAAGAAAGUGGAAUUUUUUGUUUUGACUUUCUCAUUUUGCCCCCCAAAAAGUAGAUAAAGUGUAGUGGGAGAGAGAAAGUGGGUGUAAAGUAGGUAAUAAAGUAAGGGUAUAAGGGUAACUUUAUAUUAAAAAGUUGCUAAAAAUAGAAGUGUGAAGUUUAUUUUGGACCUACCCAAAAAGGAAAGUUUGAAGUUCAUUUGGGAUCGGAGGGAGUAUAUGUGUUCCAAUUUCCCGGAAGUAAAAUUAUAUUGAUCUUGUAAUUUUUCAUUUUUUAACCCAUGUCGUAGGACUCAUAUCGUGAUAUAAUAUGAUAAGAUGUACGGGAUUCUGGAAUUAAAUCUUCUGAUCCACAAUACCUAUGCCGACUUGAUGACCUCGCUGCUGAUAACUCCCAUUUCAUCCCUCGCUGCUGAUCCACUGUAUAAUGAUUUGACUUUGCAGCGCUUUUCUGUUGUGAUGCAUGAUAUCAGAUAUUGUUACCUAUAAGCACUUUGUCAGUGUGCAUUUAGGCCCCCUUUAAUUUUUCUCUAAGAAGGUGUUGGCUUUUCAGGUAUGAGCAUGGGAGCCAUUAGAACGUUCGAGUUUUCAUCAACUCUUGAAUUUAUUCGUUCAUUGGAUCCAGAGAAGAAAUUAUUUGAGAUUCUAUUAGAUUCUUUAUGUAAAGAAGGGCAACCCAAGGUAGCUUCUCAAUAUUUCAACAGGAAAAAGGGCCUAGACCCUAGUUGGGUUCCAUCUACGAGAAUUUAUAACAUUCUGCUGAAUGGAUGGUUUCGGUCAAGAAAUCUUAAAAAGGCUGAAAAGCUAUGGAUGGAGAUGAGAAAGGAAAAUAUCAUUCCUAAUAUUGUAACUUAUGGUACUCUCAUUGAAGGAUAUUGCCGCAUGCGCAGAGUAGAGGUCGCAAUAGAGCUGAUGGGUGAAAUGAGGAAUGAAGGAAUUCAGCCCAGUGCUAUUGUCUUCAAUCCAAUAAUUGAUGCAUUGGGAGAAGCUGGGCAGUUCAAGGAGGCCUUGGGGAUGAUGGAACGUUUAAUAGUAACAGAAUCUGGCCCCACAAUUUCUACGUACAAUUCACUAGUGAAGGGUUUCUGCAAGGCCGGGGAUCUCUCAGAGGCUAUUAAGAUUCUUAAGAUGAUGAUAAAUAGGGGUUUUAUGCCAAGUCCCACCACUUACAAUUAUUUCUUUAGGCACUUCUCGAAGUAUGGGAAGAUUGAAGAAGGCUUAAACCUUUAUACGAAGCUGAAUGAAUCUGGAUAUGAGCCUGAUCGGCUUACUUACCAUCUAUUGGUUAAGAUGUUAUGUGAACAAGAAAAGCUGGACCUGGCAAUGCAAAUAAUCAGUGAAAUGAGGACUAGAGGAUGUGACAUGGACCUGGCUACAAGUACUAUGCUGAUUCAUUUGCUCUGCAAGAUGCAGCGAUUUGAUGAGGCUAUUCAAUGGUUCGAAGACAUGGUCCGGAGAGGGCUUGUACCUCAAUACCUCACUUAUCAGAAAAUGGUUGAUGCUCUAAAGAAACAGGGAAUGGACUCAAAGGUAAAUAAACUUUGUGAUAUGAUGGCGGCGUUAUCGCAUUCAAAAAAGUUGCCUAACACAUACACUAUAGUUGUUGGAGAUUCUUCACCUGUAAGAAGAAAAUCAAUAAUUGAGAAAGCCGAAGAAAUGUCUGACAUCUUAAAGACAUGUGCAAGCCGAAGUAAGCUUGCAAAACGUAGAAACCGGCUUCAGAAUGUCAUGCCAAUUUGCAAACCCGCUGAUUGAUAGAAAACAUCGAGUCUCUUAAGUCUAACCAGCCCGGUUCAACCUCUUCCAAUGACACCCUGCGCUCCCUCUGAGAGUGAUUAUACAUGUGCUGACAUGUUGGUGGGGCUAGGCGGCUAGCAUUGAGGAAUCGGUUUGGCCCCAAGUGUGGGUCAUGAGCUCCAUCUGUGUAGUGCAGGGUGUAACUUUGCAUUAUAAAAAAGGGAAACUCGAGUCCUUCACCACAGAGUUAACCGAGCAUUGAAUCUUGUUAGUAUAUCCUUCUGCUCAUGCUGUUAAAAAGGGGAUGUGAGCCUGUAUCAUUGUGUUUCUUUGAUGACCCAACAGAUUGAUCGCUCGCAUUUGGGAAGAAGCAAAGCACAUCAAAUCACUCCUUGACCAUGCUGAACAUGCUUCCAGCUCUACAAUAUUUAUAAUCUAAGUUGAUUAUGCUUCUACUAAAUAAUCUAAAUGAACACUAAUGUUGAUUUUAUAGAACAACCAUUUAUGUGGUAUGCAUCUCUCUAUUACCUAAAUCUGAGUAUAUUCCAUAAGCAAGAUUAACAAAAAUUGGCCCCGAAGGCAUAAAGAUGGCCUUUUCUAAGCAUAAAAAAGUAUGUACCAAAAGAUGUUAAUGGCAAUGUUGGCUGUGGAUUGCCAAUAUAUAGAUUAGCAUGUGGAUCAAUGACAUUGACUAUAGAUUGUGGGGG